AUGUCACCGCACGCGGAGGCAGUCUCUAGCGUGGCUGCGAUCGCCAAAGCGAUGACGGUGGCGCGGGGAACGCCUCCAGCUAAAAAAGUCUUGCCGUUCAUGGCCGCUUGCGCACCCCAUCGGACGAAGAGUGUGCGACCGCCAAAGCAGCAACAUGUGGCAAGGGGACUCCGCCAGUCUUGGUACCUGCUCCCGAUAGACCAGUUGCGCGGUCCCGUGAUCUGA